AUGAUCGCCGCGUCAGUGUGCACGCCCUCUAGGGCCGCGCUACUCACUGGUCGCCUCGGUCAUCGUACGGGCAUUAUCCGAAAUUUCGGAAGCCACUCCGUUGCCGGCCUUCCUCUGAAUGAGUCCACAUGUGGUGAAGUGUUUCAGGCACACGGAUAUGCAACGGCCCAUAUGGAUGAACAAUAUGGAAGAGGCAGUUGCGACAUGAGUGUUGCUUUACCGCUCUACGAGAACACGACCGUGAUCGAGCAACCGGUUACACUGCAAACACUGACGGCUAGAUACGUCGACAAAAUCAGGAAGUUCAUCCAGGUCAGUGGGAAUAAGCCAUUUCUGAUGUAUGUUGGCUUCGCUCACGUGCACGUACCCCUCGCCUACCAUAGCGUGUUCACCAACACGUCUACAAAAGGUGCCUUCGGCAACGCCUUACGGGAAAUGGAUGCUGCCGUUGGCGAUAUUGUGGCGGCCAUCGAUGAGGCAGGCCUAACGGACAGCACGAUGGUGUGGUUUACAGGAGACAAUGGACCAUGGGCGGAGAAAUGUAACUUAGCCGGAAGCCAGGGGCCGUUUACUGGAGCCUGGCAAAAGAUGCAUGGGGGAGGUAGUACGGCUAAGAAGACGGUCUGGGAGGGCGGCCACCGGGAGCCGGCCAUUGUUUACUGGCCUGGUAAGAUUUCACCUGGAACAACCAGCGCAGCCCUCACCAGCACACUGGACAUCUUUCCCACCUUGGCUGCGAUCGCCAACGUGUCGAUGCCACCGAACAGGAGAUACGACGGCAAGGACAUCCGCAGCGUUCUAUUCGCAGGCGACCCGCUUGGCAACACCUUCCUCUUUCAUCCAAACAGCGGAGCGGCGGGACAAGAUGGCGACAUCGACGCGGUGCGGUUCGGAUCAUACAAAGCAGUGUACAUGACAGGUGGCGCUGCAGAUUGCGGCUCCAUCGUGGGGCCUUCCGUUAAGCACGAUCCGCCAUUGCUGUUCGACCUCAGCGAUGACCCGACGGAGAGUACACCACUGAACACGAGCCGAGGGCCGUACAGAGAAAUCUUGAAAAUUAUCGAGCAGGCUAAAAGAGACAAACUGGCAGACAUCGCGUCGGAUAACAUAUCCGUAGCUAAUUAUGACACGGAUCCCAAUGUGAAGGUAUGCUGCAAUAGGGCUGAUCCGCUGUGCCGCUGCAAAAAUAUGGAUGCUCCCCUUAGAUGGCCCUAGACGACCAUCCCGCUAGAUGGCGGUAUCUACCAGCGACAAAUGUUUGUAUUGAUGAUCAUUGCCACUCGCCGUUGUGCAGAUGCGAAUUUUUAAUAUCGGCUCGUUCGAUUUAUCUGUAAAAAUCCCGGUCUAUAGUAUGAGAAACCAGGCGGGUGCUGACAGAAAACUUUUUUUUAUCUUUCUCAGAAAGUUCCCUAUAGAGACAUAACCGCAUAUCAAAUACCAGUCAUAGUCUGGGGAACUGCAUCGAAGAAGAAAUGAGCCUAAAAUUGAUGAAAUUGGCAGAUCAACAGCGUGGAAAGCACUAGAAAGGGUUCUAUAGGAAGUAAUAUUUUUAGGCUCUCUUGUUUUUCGGGACAUUCCCUUUGACUAUAUGAAUGCUACUUGUUAUAAGGUUAUGUCUUUGGAUACUCUAACUAUUGACCGGUGGUUGGUCGGAUGCCUAAAGAUAAAUCGGCCGAGUACGUUUGAGAUGCUGGGCGAAGAACUGUUUUUGUUAAUAAUGAAAUGUAAUAGAAGCACGCAUAAUAUAUAUAUAUAUAUAUAUAUGUGUGAGAUUAUAAUGGUAGGGUAAUAGCGGCAUGACUGUUGAUGAUCCGUGAACGUGAACAAAACAAAUAAUUCUGUCUGUACGCAAAUAAAAUUAUGACUUAAUUAUUGAUGUAUUCAGAGGUGAAUGAUAACAAAACUUUCUUUUUAUUCACUCCAGACGUAUCUCAAUUCGCAGUAUGCAGGUGAUCCCUCGGUGGGUAGUUCUAUACUACAGAAUGACAUCCCUGCUGUACGUUCUAUAAUUUGUUAACAACGGUGUCUCGGAACUUUCCACUCAGUUAUAGGUAUUUUAUUAUCUACCAUCGAUGCCAGGACAUCGUCGCCUCGAGGUGCUGCUUCUAUAUUUAAUGGUGAGGGAGCAAUUCGUGGGUAGUUAAAUCGACAUGAUCGUAGCACUCGACUAAAGAUUUGGAAUUAGCGGAAAC